ACAGAGGAAAUCACCAUUAUUCCACCAAAAUCGAUCAAACAAAUCUCAAAAUAGAAGAAAUUGCCACAAAAGUCUUCAUUUUUUAUUAUGGGUCUUGGUACGAAGAGGCAGAUUCCACUCCACCUCGAACUCAGCAAAUGAAUUUUCCCACCAACUACUGGAGCUCAGAGAGAGAGAGAGAGAGAGAGAGAGAGAGAGAGAUGUGUCAUUGUUCUCAUAUUUGAGGCGUUUUAUAAUCUUGAUUGUUUCGUGAGGAGGGCUGUAACUCUCUUACAAAACAGAGCAAAGUAGCAGAACAGAGCUCUUCAACGUUCUCUUUGCAACUGCAACUUCUAAUGGCGGCACAUGAUGUGUUUCUGAAUUUUAGAGGUGAAGAAACUCGCAAAAACUUCACUGGUUUCCUUCACAAAGCUCUGAAAAGAGAAGCAAUCGAUGUGUUUAUUGAUAGCGAAGACCUAUGGGGUGGAGAAGAGAUCAAACCGGCGCUCCUCCAAGCAAUCCGACGAUCCAAAAUCUCGAUUCUUGUCUUCUCUAAAGGCUAUGCGGAUAGCAAAUGGUGCCUUUUGGAACUGGUUGAGAUAAUUCGUUGCCAUAGAUCCAGAGGUCAAAAAGUUCUGCCCAUUUUCCUUCAAGAUGUUAAGCCAAGAGAUGUUCGCCAUCAGACCGGAAGUUUUAAAAAAUCGUUUCAGAAACACAAGAAAAAUUCUAAUGCCGACAAAAUACAGAGUUGGAAGGAUGCAUUGACUGAAGUAGGAGGAAAAACGGGAUUCGAGCUCCAGCAAGUAAAUGGAGAUCAAUCAAAGCUAGUGGAGUUAGUUGUUGAAUGGGCUUUGAGUGAAUUGAAUAGCAAUCGUUUGGGUGAUGUUAAAAACCCUAUUGGAUUAGAUGCUCAUGUGGAACAUCUAUUAUCUCUACUGAAUGUUGGCUCCAAUGGUGUUCGGUUUGUGGGAAUAUGUGGCAUAGGUGGGAUUGGCAAGACAACUAUUGCGAUUGCUAUUUAUAAUAACAUUGUUCAAAGAUUUAAAAUGACUUGCUUCCUUGCAAAUGUUAGAGAUGAAGCGUCAAGAUCAAAUGGUUUAGUUUCUCUCCAAGAGAAACUUAUUCAUAGUGUCUCCAAAAAGAAAGUUGAAAUACGUGAUGUUCAUAUGGGACAACGAUUGAUAAAAGAAAGACUUCAAGGGGAAAAAGUUCUUCUUGUUCUUGAUGAUGUGAAUUCUUAUUCCCAACUCAAAUUUUUGGCUUUUGAAUCCAAUUGGUUUGGUUCAGGAAGUAGAAUCAUUAUAACAAGUAGAGAUGAACAAAUUUUAAAAGUGGCUAAAGUUGAGAAAAUAUAUUGGCCUGAGCAAUUGGAUUAUGAGCAAUCUCUUCAACUCUUUAGUUUGCAUGCAUUUUCAAGGGACCAACCUCCUGAAGAUUAUAAGAAGCUAUCUCAGGAAGUGCUACAGUUGACAGGAGGAUUGCCAUUAACUCUUGAAGUGUUGGGUUCUUCUUUGUUUGGUACAAGGGAUAAAAAAAUAUGGCAAAGUAAGUUACGAAAACUGAAAAGACAUCCUGAUGAUGAGGUCUUCAAAAUAUUAAAGAUAAGUUAUGAUGAUCUAGAAGCUGAAGAGAAAUCUAUAUUUCUUGAUGCUGCAUGCUUUUUCAUUGGAUGGAAAAAAGAAACUGUAAUUUCUCUGUGGGAAGGUUGUGGCUUUGACCCGAUUUCCGCAAUAAACAAACUCACUCAAAGGUCUCUCCUAAAAUUUACCAAUUGGGGAUCCAUGAGCGAUUCUCACGAUGAGCUAAUGAUGCAUGAUCAAAUUCAAGCUAUGGGAUGCGGCAUUGUUUUUGAAGAGAGCCCUAUGGAACCUAGUAUGCGCAGUAGGUUAUGGUCUUGUGAUGAAAUCUUGAAAGUAUUAAAAGAACACAAGAGAACUCAAAUGCUUGAAGGCAUCCUCCCAAUCUCACAUUCAGCAGUUUCACAUCCCUUCUUUUUUUCAAGUUUAUGCCUACUUAAGGAAGACUUUGCAAUGAUGUCCAAGCUAAGAUUCCUCAACAUUGAUGGAGCUACCUCAGGAGUCUUUCCGCAUCUUCCCUCUAGUUUAACAUUGUUUAGUUGGAGGAGAUGCCCUCUAGAAGUUCUACCAGACAAUUUUUAUCACAAUAAGCUAGUUCAGAUGGACUUGUCAGGUAGCCAGAUUAGAAAAGCUUGGACAACCAAGCCUCAGAAUGAAAGUCAGCGGUUCCAAAAGUUAAAAGUUCUCCAUCUCGAGUAUUGUUAUCAUCUGUCCGAAGCUCCUGAUUUUUCAUGGUUUCCAUACUUAGAGACCCUGAAACUUAGAUGCUGCAAAAACAUAGUUAGGUUACAUGAAUCCAUUGGUGAUCUAAAAUAUUUGGUUGAGCUUUCAUUGGAUGGGACAAAAAUUGAAGAACUCCCAAACAGUAUUUGCAGGCUGAGUUCUCUCGAAAGGCUUAGCCUCUAUUGGUGUAAGUCACUAAACAGGUUGCCUGAGUCAUUUGGUGAUCUAAAUUCUUUGGUUGAGCUGUCAUUGGAUGGGACAAAAAUUGAAGAACUCCCCGACAGUAUUUGUAGGUUGAGUUUUCUCGAAAGGCUUAGUCUCGGGGGGUGUGAGUCACUGAAGAGGUUGCCUGAGUCCAUUGGUGAUCUAAAGUCUCUCAUUGAAAUUACGUUGUAUGGGACAAAAAUUGAAGAACUCCCAAACAGUAUUUGUAGGUUGAGUUCUCUCAAAAGGCUUAGUCUCGGGGGGUGUGAGUCACUAAAGAGGCUGCCUGGGUCCAUUGGUGAUCUGAAGUCUCUUGUUGAGAUUUCGUUGUAUGGGACACAAAUAUUUGAACUCCCAAGACUUACUUGGCACUCGUGGUUUGGGACACCAAUUAAAGUAAUCCUAAACCUUAUUUGGAGGAGUGAGUCAAACAAGUUGCUUAAGCCCCUUGAGCCCCUUGAGCCCCUUGAGCCCCUUGAGCCCCUUGAGCCCAAAUGUUUAGCUCUCCAAUCCAGCAUUAGUGGUCUUCCACAGCUUCAAACACUAGUAUUGCAAGGAUGCACGGGGCUUCAGUCACUCCCAGAGCUUCCCUCGACCUUAACUUCCUUGGAUGUUGAGGAUUGUAUUUCAUUAUUGAAACUUCCACAUUUGUCCAGCCUAAAGAAUUUGAGGAUGUUAAAACUUAGUAAUUGCAAUAAGUUGAAGGAUAUUCAAGGCCUUGAGGGAGCAGAAUCCUUGGAAGAGUUCUCCAUAUCUAGCUGCAACACCAUUACAGAUACUCCAAGGAAAAUACAUGGCCAGGGAAAACUUACAGUUGAUAGGUCAUGGAGAAGUGUUUCCUUGAAAGUUAAUGAUGGGAUUAAGGAGUUAAUUUUGUGCCUUGUUUUUGCAUUUGAAAAAAAGGUUGAAGAAGUGAAUGUGCAAGAGGGUGAGCUAGUUAACCUUCAGCUACAUCUUGAAGCUAAAAUCCAUCGAAAACAUGGAUGGACUACUUGUGAUAUUGAUCUGGAAAUUAAGGGCAUUGAAUAUACUACUGAGCGAGAUAUAAUCUACGUUCACCAUUUCAAACAGUUAGACUGGUUUGGGCUUCCACUGGAAACAGAAGGUGCUAUUGAGAUAACGCAUGCAAUGACACUCUGGAUAAGAGAGCCCUACGGACAUAGGGAUUGGAUCAAUUGUGAAGUGAAAUUCUGGAAGCUUUUAUUGUUGGAAAGCAAGGAAUCUGAGCAGCAAAUGCCUAACCAAGAAUCUAGUGCCAAGAUGGUAUCAGAUUUCUUCAGUUGGUCUUGUGAAGAUGCUGGAAGACGCCCUUGGCCUUUUAAACAUGAAUUACUCAAGUGGGCAUUCAACUUCUUCAAUCCUCUGUUCUCUUAUUUCUACUUUCCAAGGAUCAUCUACCCUCCCUCUGAUGCCGAAGAGGUGUGGAUGAUUUCAUCCCUCUCUUCAUCUGAGGAUGAUGAAUCUUCAUAUCAUGAUUGUGAAUCUUCAUAUGAUGACGGUGAAGGAUCUCGGUUUGCCUGUAAAGAAGUGGAGAUAAGUAAUAAAAUAACAGAUCAGUUCAGCUAUUCAAACAUUGGGGCUGAAGAAUCUGGCCCAGUCUCUGAACAAGAGGAGAGGAUGAGUAAUGAAAUGAUAGAUUUCCACUAUGUUCCUGAAUUGAGAUAUUCCCAUUCUUCAACAGAUGAGGGAUGUUGAGGGCUAGUAAGAGAACACAUUAUGGUGACAUGGAUGAGGCAGACCCAUCUGGAGCUUAGGCUUGUUAGAAAUGCAAAUACCAAUCAGGUUUGUAGACCGAUCCCAUAACUGAUUUUAAGAUUUUAAACUUUGCUAUAACUACACCUUAAUAGGAAAAUUGCCAAUUUCACAACAGGGUCUCAAUAACUCCUUGAUAUUUUGAUGGUCUGCCCCCACCCCACCCCUCCCUUCCUUUUUUUCCUUCUUUUAAUGAAAAUAGUCUGCCUUUUUUCUGAAUAACUUAUACUGCUCCAUGGUCAGACCAUUGAAGCCCUCUUCAAAAUAUAGUAAAUUGAACUUAUUUUGACGUUUGAUUUCCUUAGAAGGUCAUGCUCUUCUUGUCAACUUAAAAUUGAAUCAAUGCAGAAGAUGAUACAGUCAAGACUCAACAAUCCAUGCUGUGUCUCGACCAAUGACUCAGUUGACUGCAUUUUAAAGACGAAGAUGUGCUUCCUGAGAGAUACCUUUUUUAUGUCUUACACCACACAAUAUAUGACGAGGCCUGGUAUUAGCAGUGAUAGUUGUUGAUGGUUCUCUUAAUCAUGUUAAUGUCACUGGGAAGGAAGUACCAUGCCACUUGUUGUCAGACUUUUAAAAGUUUUGGAAAGAACAGACUUCCCAUCUCAUUCCUUCUCAUUUCCUACUCGGGUUUUUUAAUUCAUUUAUUUUUUCACUUUGUUUCUUUGGGGUGGGUGGGUUAGCUAUUUAGUUUUCCUUGUUGCAGAACAGAGUAUACAAAGUGUCAAUAUUUCAUUGGAAAUUGAUGUAGAGAAGAUUUCUAAAGAGUUUCUGGAUCAGUUGGGCUGACAGAAGUCCACCCUUUCCGAAUAGUCUUAAAAUUUUUCAUUUUCCCUUUCAUUGGUAGUUGCUGAGGCCUUGCAUAGAGUUGCUCUGGCAGCUGGACCAAUGUCCCGCCACACUCUUAGAAAAAAAAGAGUUGACUUCCAUGAGUUUCAAAGGUUCAUUGAAUUCCACCAGUUUCCCUACAACAUCAAGAUCCGGACCCAAAUGACAUUUGGUGGGGAUAAACAACACUUUUUGGUGGGAGGACAGAAGUACAGGUCUAUAGUGACUACAUGAAUAGCUUUAGAGAGAACAUGUCUGAUUACUUAGAGACAUGACUGAUUACAGGCAUUGAAGUGGGGCUUGGUCCAGCAGGAGAACACAGAUAUCCCUCUUAUGCACAAAACCAAGGAUAGGUCUUUCCUGGCAUUGGAGAAUUUCAGUGAUGAGGGCCUCAAAUUCACUAAUCUUGGUGCAUCUGGUGCUACAUAAUUGAUUUUGUAGGGGUGACCAUAGGUUGUGGUUGGAGCACUUGGUCCAUCCUUGGGUUUAAGAGUGAUCUCCAUGCAAAGUUCUGUGGCAGCAAUUAUGGACUGGUUUGAUAUGCGGCCUCCCCCAUAUUCCUCUUCUUCAAUGUACUUGCCAUCUUCACUGACCUCUUCUACAAGGAUACCAUUCAAAGAAGGAGCUGGUUCAAGUUAAUUUGUCCAGGAACUGUCAUCAAUACUAUAGCACAACAACAAAUAACUUCAGUGUUUUAACUUUUUGCCACAUUGAUGUUAUAGGUAGCUGCAAUUGCUGAUGUGUCUGUGUACAACCAGAAGCUGAUUACCAACCUCUAAUUACUGUGUAUUUUUUUGGUUAAUUCAGAUUGGAUUUGCAAUCUGAAUAAGUGGUUUAUAAGUUUUAUUUAUUGAAA